AUGGAAACUGAGUUGAUAUUGAAGAAAUUACUGGGUUUGAUUCCUGAUGAGGAAGAGCAAUUGAAGAAGUUUGAGACAGAAGAUAUUCUAAACAAUAUUGAUAUAUGUGAUUUUACACCAAAUGAGAUUGUUAUGGGAGACCAAUUGGUAGAUGAUCAGCCGGUCAAUACACAAACAGAGGUUGAUGAUGUGCAAAUGUAUGAACAACAACAGGGACAUGAGGAGAAGAAAGAUGGAGAAGACAAGAACUCUGAAGAUCCAUCAGUACAUACACAUAUUGUUCCACCAUCGAUAAAUGACAGUGAAAAGAAUAAGGAAGAAGAAAAGAUAAAAGAAAUGAUAGAGGAUGGACCUAAAGAGAAGAAAGAGGAAGAAGAGAAGGAAAUAGAGAAAUCUGAACCUCAAAUGAAAACAUUUGAGGAUGCGACAUAUGUUUGUGUAGAAAAGGAGUAUAAGAAGCAAAGGACAAAGCAGUUAAUGAAAGAUAUUGAUCAAGCUAAAGUUGCUUUGACUGUUAAUAAGGACCACUUGAUGGAAGCAUUGGAGAUUGACAGUAAAGAGAACAACAUCCCUGUAGGAACUACAAACAUAGUUGAUACCAAAAGUUGA